CACGUUGGUUUGCCAAUAACAGAAAGAAGAAGAAAGCCGGACGUAUAUCGUUCCUGUUGUCCAUCCAUGCUCACGUGACUCCGUCUACUAAACUGUCUGGAGGGUCCAGGAUGACUCAGGUGAGCCAUCAGCAGUGGGGAGAGGUGGCCGGCCUGGGCCGGGUGGACCUGUGGGUCCUCCAGUCCUCCAGGGUGCGCGUGGAGGUCCUCACCCUGGGCGCCAUCAUCAGGUCUGUGUGCAGCAGAAGGAGGGACGGACAGAUGGAAGAUGUAGUCCUGGGCUAUGAUGACCUGGAAGGUUACGUGUCAGAUAAGCGGUACCUGGGAGCUGUGGUGGGCCGCGUGGCCAAUAGGAUUGCACUGGGCCGCUUUGUGGUGGAGGGAAAGGAGUACCGACUUGAUAUCAAUAAUGGACCCAAUGCACUGCAUGGAGGACUGCGGGGCUUCAACAAGGCGAUCUGGCUUGCUACAGCAGUGGAAGGUGGAGUACAGCUGAGUCUCACCAGUCCAGAUGGAGACCAGGGUUAUCCUGGAGAGGUUCAGGUCUCUGUCUCCUACACCCUACAGGGGGAAACACUAACUGCUGAAUACCAAGCCCGGUCUAACAAAACCACCCCCAUCAACCUCACCAACCACUCCUACUUCAACCUGAAUGGACAGGGUGCAGCAGAUAUCUACGACCAUCAAGUGUCCAUCAGUGCUCAAUCCUACCUGCCUGUGGAUGACACAUCGAUUCCUACAGGAGAGAUCAGACGAGUGGAUGGCAUGCCCUUUGACCUCAGGGAGCCUGUUCUGAUUGGCCCUCGGCUGAAGCAAGUUUCGGGUCCUGGGUUUGACCAUAAUUUCUGUCUGUCUUCACCUGGGGACACCUGGACAGAGAGACACGCUGCCAGAGUGUGUCACCCGGCCAGUGGGCGGGUCCUGGAGGUCUCUACCAGCCAACCAGGCGUCCAGUUCUACACUGCUAACUUCCUGGAUGGCUCUAUGACAGGAAAGGGCGGGGCUAGGUACGGGAAGCACAGCUCCUUCUGUCUGGAGACACAGAAUUGGCCUGAUGCUGUCAACCAGGCUUCAUUUCCUGACUGUCUUCUGCGUCCUGGUGAGGACUACCAACAUGUCACUCGCUUCACCUUCACCACUGUCUGAUGUGAUCAACAGUAGGACAGACCAACAGUAGGACAGACCAAAAGCAGGAGAGACCAACAGUAGGACAGAGAGCAGGAUGUCUACUUAUUGAUGGGACGUUUCAUUUGUCACAGUAAUCAGUAUAAUCAUGUACCAUUCUGUUCAGCAGCCAGUGCCUUUUUCACUUCCCCUCUGUGUAACCGUGUGAUUUGUUGCAGGUGUUUUAUAUGUGAUGGCUUUUGUAAUAACAGUAGUUAUUACAGCCUGUGCAUGUUGGUUUGGGGCAGUGACGCGAUGUUCAUACUCCAACCUGACCAAACUGUUUUAAAUUAAACAGAAAAUAAAGAAGGCGCUGACUCACUC